AUGAGUGAGAUUCUGUUCGUUUUUCCUCAGCCACUGUUCUCAUAUGUGAUGAGUACGAACAGCAGACUCCACACUGAUUCUCACAUAAGGGAUACCUUUUUCACUGAAAUUGGCAUUGGAAUCUCAGUCAACAACCUCCCACUUCUCUUCCACAUCUUCACGUUAAUUCGUGGGCAGAGGUCCAGACUCACUGACCUGCCCAUUGAUCUCUUGUCCCUACUCAACUUACUUAUGCUACUGAUGUGGCUAUUAGCCACAGACAUUUUUAUUUCUUGGAGGGGAUGGGAUGACAUCAUAUGUAAAUUCCUUGUCUACCUGUACAGAAGUUUUAGAGGUCUCUCUCUUUGUACCACCUGCCUGUUGAGUGUCCUGCAGGCCAUCAUCCUCAGUCCCAGAAGCUCCUGUUUAGCAAAGUUCAAACAUAUGCCUACUCAUCAGGUCUCCAAUGCCAUGCUUUUCCUGAGUGUCCUCUACAUGUUUAUUAGCAGUCAUCUCUUAUUAUCCAUCACUGCCACCCCCAGUUUGACCACGAAUGACUUUAUUCAUGUUACUCAGUCCUGCUCUAUUCUACCCUUGAGUUACCUCAUGCCAAGCAUGUUUUCUAUACUGCUGGCCAUCAGGGUUGUCUUUCUUAUUAGUCUCAUGGUUCUCUCAACAUGGUACAUGCUGGCUCUCUUGUUUAGGCACAGGAAACAGUCCCGGCAUCUUCAGGGUACCAGCCUUUCCCCAAAAGCAUCCCCAGGGCAAAGGGUCACCCAUUCCAUCCUGAUGCAUAAAAGAGGCACCCAAAUAAAAUCAUCUGGUUACCUUCAAUUGUCAAUUUGA